UUACUAAUAUAUUUACUAAACAUACCAAAGUAAAAAAAAACUCACAAACAAGGGCGUCGAUCGCAGUUAAGACAAUUACAGAAACCGGCUCCUCGGCUGUAGAGCCAACAUACCCCCAAGGAAUAAACCAAUGUGUGCGUAUAUCUUAUAUACAUGCAAACGAUGUCCCUACUGUCAGUUGCAGCCGUCUUUUUCAAUACUUAUUAAGUAUCAUAAAUCAUGGAUAAAAAGUACGACGAAGGAACCAAAGACAUGGCGACGGCAAUGCAAAACGAGGAGGCUACGGAUCGACAAGGAACCAGGUUGAUGGAAACUUGUAUGACAUCCGGUGCUGGUGUGCUGUACGCUCUACUGCAGGCCAUGCUCUCCGCCUCCGCGGCACAGUUUCUGGUCUUGAGUCGCCAAGCAGGCGUGCCUUCACUGCAGCUGAUCUUCCUCAUCAAACUUGCGCAACUCCUUGUUGCCCUCGUCGCCCUGCCCCUCUUGAGACCAAAACUGACCACCGAAAACUCGAGACAAACUAAACUGUUGACGCUGUCCGCAAUCACAGACAAUCUAGUUUCCGUCUUGAAGUUCUUGUCCUUCGUCUUCGCUGUUCCUGGGAUCGCCUUCGGUAUCAUGAAUGGAUCGACACCCUUCGUCACGGCCUGUAUAGGAUUUGUUUUUCUCGAGGAACUUCUGGACAUGGUGGACUGUUUCGGAAUCGUUCUUAGUUCAGCUGGGGUGAUAGUUGUCGCGACUGGGAUGAUUAUGGAGAACACUUCCCCUGUGCUGCAUUUGGCGGCAUCCAUUCUCCUGCCGCUGGCAACAGCUUUCAGCAAGGGUCCACACACGGUGAUGGCGCGGUCUCUCAUCGGUGUACAGGGGGUCUCCGUUCUAACCGUGACUCUCUACUCCAACCUGUUAGGAGCAGUGGUGCUGCUUGGGCUUACGUACCUGUUCGAGACACCACUUUGGGCGAUGUCUCAACAGACGAUGGGGUACGUAAUCGGACUGUGUCUGUGUGUUUGCGGAGCAUCGUUUGCAACAAAACUCGCACUAAAAACGGAAAAGGCUUGGAUUACCGUCACCAUCAAGAUGUUCACAAUACCUCUUGCAGUGGCGUUGGACUACAUUGUUCAAUCGGAGUUUCCCAGUCGGGUGACAUUUAUUGGUGUUUCGCUGGUACUGUUCGGUACCACGUUGACAGCUGCCUAUACAUGGGGAAGGCAUCGUCAGAAGAUUCUUCACAGAAAUCUUAUGCAGAGCUUAAACUUUGACUACUGACUAAAUCAUACACAAACUGUCUGAGUUAUAUUGUUACUGAGUUAUAUUGUUACUUUUUUGUGUAUACUGUCAUUAGCCUAGGUUAUGGAUUGUAGGGUAUGAGAAAUUUCUGUGAUUCGUUACUUUAUUGUGUUAUGAUGUGUGUAUGAUUAUGUAAGUAGAUAUGUAUUUCAUAAUGUGA